UUUAAUCUAGUUCACUGGUGAACAUCCAUAUUUAAAGCAAUAUCCAUUCGCCUAAAGAUGAGAAACAUAUUUUUGUUAAUCAUUCUAUACUGCACAACGCUUGCAGCUAAGUCAAAAACUUGUGAUCACUUGUUACGCGAACUGGCAAACGAUCAGCAAAAUUUCGUUUACUGCAACACAGCGCAUGCCGUUCCAGCCCAUCCUCAGGAUGAACGCCUUUGCAUUGCAUGCAAUCAACGGUAUAGCAAUAUGGCGAGUAGUUACGAUACGCUGAUGACAAAUGAAAAUUGUUCCAAAAUUUACAUGGAUUCCGAUCGAAUGAAUAUUGUAUUUACAACACAGAACGUACUUAAGGGACUCUGGAACCGAGCCUAUUGUGAAGAAUGCUUCAAAGGCAAUAACUCAGAUAUCUUUCAAGACCUGUACCUGAAUCUCUCGGGCUGCUUAGAGGAGAACAAAGGCAGCGAGUGCAGCAGUUGUCUACUUAAAUACAUAACAAUAAACGAUUUCUAUAAGGACUUAGACCAGAAAAACAAUGGCAAAGUUUGCUUUGAUAUGCAGGACGUGAUGAAUCGCACCCGCGUGCUUUGGUCCAAGGACCUUAAAUGCUGCCAGCGUGAGGUAAAAAUGACAGCAUUCCUUACCAGCGUUGCAAUCGUGGCCGUGCUGCCCAUUCUUCUGUUCUACAGCGCCGCCUUUGUGUUAACCAAACGGCGAGAGGCCAAUCACGGGUUGCUCAACGAGCAAGAGCCAGAACUGGAUGCGCCAUCCUCGUCAGAUAUCAUUACUGCUGCUAUCCUGUCGACGCCCCCAGAGCCGCCAGCUGUAUUAGACGCGAAGACUGAUAAAAUUUCCAAAUUAUUGGCAAUCCCUGAUUCCGAUUUUUCCAGCGAUGAUGAGCCAUUCGCAAAUGCAAAAACUAAAUAAGUCCCUUAAUGGGAAACUCGCCAUGUCAUAUAUAUCAUACAAAAUUCCCUCUAUUUUUAUAAAUGUCUACGUAUGUGAUAAUAUACCUUAUAAAUUGUUAUAA